AUACUGUUUUAUUUAUAUUUUUUUUUCUGAUAAGUGGUUGCGGCUUAUAAUAAGCAUAAGUGAAAUGAUCACAGUGUAAAAUCCUGACAUUCAAAAGCGUGACUUUGGAUUUUUUUUUUUAUAGAAAAAAAAAGUGAAAGAAGAAAAGGAGACGACCUGGACUUGUGAACUAUGAAGACCUGAUCCUAGGUGCUGUGCAUGCACGCGGGAACAGUUCAUUCGACUAUAUAAUUAGCAUCUUAGCUUUCGUUCAAAACAAAAAAUCUAGUACUAGUGAUGAAGGCAUGAAGCUACUGUAAUGCCGCUUCUCUAGCAGUUUCCUGACAGCAGAAAAGCCUACCAAAAAAUGAUUGCUCCCACGCUCCUUACGCAAAGAGCCACUGCGAGUGCAAUACUCGUGUUCCUUUUUGUCUCCGUAGCACAAUCCGCCUCUUCUUUCCAUCCUGCAAGCACGACGACAGUGACACGGCCCGCCGUCAGCGGGAGUUGCAUUCCGAGUGAGCGGAAGGCGCUCCUGACCUUCAAGGAUAGCUUUUGGGAUCGUGCUGGCCGCCUUUAUUCAUGGCGGGGCGAAGACUGCUGCCGGUGGAAGGGAGUCCGAUGCGACAACACAACUGGGCAUGUCGUCAGGCUCGACCUCCGCAACACAGACGAAGACGAUUGGAGCAAUGGGCUGAUCUUGUCAACCAGUGAGAUGAGCCCUUCUAUUGUUGAUUUGCAUCACUUGAGGUAUCUUGAUCUAAGCUACAAUCACUUCAAUUUUACAAGCAUACCUGAUUUUCUGGGUUCACUCAGCAACUUGAGGUAUCUCAACCUCUCCGCUGCAAAUUUUUGGGGAACUCUGCCUUCUCAGCUUGGUAACCUCUCGAAUCUGCAAUACCUUGAUCUUGGCAAUUCCCAUAGUCUGAGUGUUUCAGAUCUUUCAUGGUUAAUGGGUCUCCCUUUUUUAAGCUAUCUUGAUUUAUCCACGGUGGACCUCAGUUCCGAAAGGAAUUGGGUCCAUGCGGUGAACAAGCUUCCUUCUCUUCAAGUCCUUGUCUUAUCUAGCUGUGGGCUUAACAAUACCGUCUCUACUCUAUCUCAUUCCAAUCUCACACAUCUUGAAGUCCUAGAUUUAACAUUAAUCUGUUUAGCUCUCCUCUCGCACACAACUGGUUUUGGGAUCUCACUACACUUAAAAAGCUCUUUCUAUAUGAUUGUGCCUGGUCCGGGCCAAUUCCUGAUGCAUUGCCCUUGAGUCCAUAGUUCUGCAUGGCACCGAUUUAUCG